CGCAAGCAUCACUUGUCUCGCUCCAGGGACGCUACGUAAUCAACCUAAAGUCCUGCUCAGUCUGGCACACGGCACCCUGAGAACGAGUCUCAGUAGGCAUACGCUUGCACACUAUAUCAAUUCACCAGAAGUCCAUCGCACGCCUCAGCACAUCCCGUCGCUGGUUAUACACUCUAGCAGCUACACCAUCCCGGGUCUUGAUACAGCAUCUGCCGCGCCCAAAGCAACACCUCCAGUAUAUCCGCAAACUUUGGCGGAUAAGAGAAAAGAACGAUGCCCACACGGUGGGUAGACUGGUCCAAAACGACGCGAUCGACGGACUACCGCGGCAGCGGCUCCUUUGCGACCUUUCUAAUUAUCGGGCCGGUAUGUUUCUUCCUCGGCAUCCUCUUCGCCUCCUUUCCCUACGACUUCCCCCUCCUCUGGACAUCCGACCCGAUCCCGCCGUCGUUCCUCGACCACCUCGAAACCCACCUGCGCUUCACGCACCAGUCGCCGCCGCUCAUCGCGCGCAUGCUGCACAUCAUCAUGUUUGUCUGCUUCCUCGGCCUCUUCAUCAAGCUGUUCCGCCCCAGCGAGGCCAACGUGCUGUUCGACGGCGGCUCGCUCAUCAUGUACGUCAUUGGCGCGGGAGUCUACAUCAGCAACAUUGUCAAGGGCCUGCGCGCUGUCAGCCGGCCCGGCGGGCUAGCCGGGCUGGAUGGUGACGGUGGGAUGAGGGCGGCGGCGGCCUCGGCGGAAGGGACCGUUAUCCAUGAGGGUCCCUUCUCAGGCGAGGUGGUCCUCAGCCGUGAGGACAGCUUGCGCGUGCUGAGCGCCAGCCAUGUUAUUCUCGCCCUGGUGCUGGUCGGGAUUCUGGUGCUCCAGGCCGGCCAGUGGUAUGCGGAGCGCAAGGAUGCCGAUGACCUUGCCAAGCUGGAUAGGGAGGCGCUGGAGAAGAAGGCAGCGGCGGCUGUCAUGGUGGGGAAAAAGAAGCUAUAAAAGGGAGGGUUUGGCGUUGGGUUGGGAUAGGUGCAUGGGUGCAGGUGGUUCGAUUUGAGAUCGAUCAAUCGGAUAUGCAUAAGAAUAUAACGGCCGUGUAUCUAUGUUGGCCCAUGACUGAGUCCAUGCUAUGCAAAUAGUCUGUGAGCUUUCUGCCAUCCCUGCCUCUGGCCCGUUCGGCUGUUGCGGGAACUACGACAUUUGAUUCAUACCUGCCAUGUCCUUGCCCAAACAGCUAACACUACUGACAUGUGCUUUUUCGCGGUCCCCAAUGUGGCGGGAAUGAGAGGGUCAUCGGCAUGUUUUCUGC